CUGACAGAGACACAAGUCAACUCAAAAAACAACAUCUACAAUCAUCUGUCGGGACAAGUUAGCAGAAAGGAAAUGUCACUUUACGUUGGAAAAGCUACACCAAACAGAAGCUCCUCUCAGGUGAAAACAGCGUUCAGGACAUACCAGAGUUUAUUUCAAAAUCCAACAUGUCGGUUACGACUUCUCUGCUUCUUCUUCUCCUUUCAGUUCCUCAAGCGGAGCUUUUUCCUGAGAAGCCCCGGAGAUCUGCUCUGAACCAGCUCACCAGAACUCUUCUCCGCCACUACAACUGUGGGGUCCGGCCCGUUCAGAACUGGACCGAUCCGACGGUGGUGUACAUCGAUUUGAUCCUGCAGUCCGUGCUUGAUGUGGAUGGGCAGACACAGAAGGUGACCACAAGCAUGUGGUAUCGUCAGAUCUGGAGAGAUGAGUUUCUGGUUUGGGACCCUGCUGAGUUUGAUGGGAUAAAUGAGAUCUCCCUCUCAUCAGAUGCUAUCUGGGUGCCUGACAUUGUCAUCAGUGAAUUUGUGGAUGUUGGCCGAUCACCACACAUCCCCUACAUUUAUGUGAACUCCUCUGGGACGGUGAAGAACUACAAGCCCAUUCAGGUGGUGUCGGCCUGUGACCUGGAGAUGUAUGCCUUCCCCUUCGACAGACAGAACUGCACGCUCACCUUCCGCAGCUGGCUGCACACAGUGAACGAGGUGGACCUGGCCUUAUGGAGGACUGCGGAGGAGAUCUCCAACGACAAGAGGGAGUUCAUGAACAAUGGCGAGUGGGAGCUCCUGUCGGUGCCUUCCCGAUACGAGCAACUGCACCUGGAGAACAGAGACUACGCCCAGAUCCAGUUUAACGUGGUGAUCCGGCGCCGGCCCCUGCUGUACGUGGUGGGCCUGCUCAUCCCCAGCGUCUUCCUGAUGGUGGUGGACGUGAUCAGCUUCUACCUGCCCCCCAACAGCGGCACCCGCAUCACCUUCAAGACCAGCAUCCUGCUGGGCUACACCGUCUUCAGAGUGAACAUGAUGGAUGAGCUCCCAGCCACGGCCAUCAAAACCCCUCUUAUCGGCGUGUUUUUUGCUGUCUGUAUGGCGCUGCUGGUCCUCAGCCUGGCAAAGUCCAUCUUUGUGGUGAAGCUGCUGCACCACAACGAGGAGGCGAUGAAGGAGAUGUCCGUGUCCGCCUGUCUGCUGGACAAAUACGGCUCCUCCAGCCAAAGCUUCAACGAGAGCUCCUUCACCUCCGUCAAAACCCUGGAAGACAUGGAGCAGUGUGCUGGCUUUGAGCUGGACUUCUCCCCCGAGGAGGACUUCCUGUCUCUGUGCGAGCCCCAGGAGGGCACCCUGCAGCUGGAGAAGGUGCUGCAGGAGAUGGUGUCCCUCAGGUACUUCCUGCUCCAGGAGGAGAGCGACAGCUCCACGCAGUCCGACUGGGUGGCGCUCUGCUACAAGGUGGACCGGCUCCUCUUCCGCCUCUACCUGUUCAUCCUGUUCGUCUACACCACCACCCUGCUGUCCCUGUGGGCAAGCUGGGGCUCAGCCUGAACCAGCAUCUCGCCAACAACCAGACCUGGGUCAGAUACCUAAUAGUGGUGGAUUCAAAUACAAGCUUUACUGAGCUUGUCCGUUGCAUUGGGCACCUUUGAAAUACUGGUUCUCUCGGUUGGCUGAGAUGCACCAGGCAAGAGCAAUCGAGCACAGAAAAGUAUUUGAAUCCAAAACAAUUACGAAUUUGACCCAGGUCUGCAAACAAUGCCUGCAUUGACGUACCGCAGGCUACAGCUGGAAGUGCCACCACAACAACAGUGUGUAGCAAGGGGGAAAUAAGAUUACAGAUGUCUAAGUAUUCAAUAGGUACUACUGAGAAAAUUGAAAAACAAAACUAUAGGUUGCAGAUGCUUUACUCCCGGAAGAAACGAUGUGUUCUGCAACUUGGCUUAGAAAGUAUAAUGUGGAGUGAAAUAAAGGAUUUGUGCCAUUGCUUGUGAGAAAUGAUUACUUCGCAGCACUAUCUUUAGAGUAUAAAGCUAUGGAUGAAAGAAUAAAAAGAGCAGGAUAUAAAAGAUUUUGUAAUUUACAUUGUGAAUUACUUUCCAUAACAGAAAAUUAUAGUUUUCUUUUAAUCUGAUUAAGGAAGGG